CCGGUGACUCCGAGCAGCUGGCCGGCGCAGGUCCUCCUCGUGUCACGGCUGAUGCCCUUUUUUUUUAAAGCCUUAACACUGAAGCGUUGGGAUUUUAGUAGCGAGUGAGAGUCCGGGGAUUGAAUGUGUUAAAAACGAUGCCGAGGAAGUUGGAAAGUAAUGAGCGAGGAUGCUGAAGCCGCCGGCAAGCCCGCUUUGUUCGCAGGAGCGCAGGGCUUUUGUGCCGCUGUCAUCCCGCAGCUGGUUCCGUGCUGCUUUGUCUUCACCUGGCCCUCUGAUUCCGACCGUGAGGAGUGUGGGUUGCCAGGUUCGGACUACAACCACCAGCAGCAGGUCGGGAUCAUGAGUAGUCCGUAUGGGGCUGGUGCCAGUGCUGGUGCUACCGGCGGGGCCAGAGAGAGGGGGGGUGCAGAACAUUACCGGGAACAACGGCGGCGCUCCAGUGAUCGCUCACGGGAGUCUUCCCACGAGAGAGGAGAAAACCAGCUGACGCCUUGCAUCAGGAAUGUUACCUCUCCUACUCGACAGCAUGACCGUGAACGUGGUGAUGGAGGCUCCUCCUCCAGAUCCUCCAGUCCACGUCCUCCCAGGGUCUCUCAUCCCUGUUCCCACAUUGGUGCAGCUUUCAACGGGGGGCACAUACCUCGGCUCUUAGGUCCUCCUGGGGGGGAGCACCAACCCAGCCUAGCGGUUCAAGGAUCCUGUGAUAUGAUCUACGUGUACGACCUGUGCAGCAAAGAGCACCGUGGUGGGCUGCGACCAGGAGAGAGAGUGACGCUUAUUGUGGACAACACCAGAUUUGUGGUGGAUCCUGGAAUCUUCACAGCUCAACCCAACACCAUGCUGGGCAGGAUGUUUGGUUCCGGGAGAGACAACAACUUCACUAGACCCAAUGAAAAAGGAGAGUUUGAAGUGGCAGAUGGCAUCAGCUCUACUGUCUUCAGAGCCAUCCUGGAUUACUACAAGUCUGGGAUAAUCCGCUGCCCUGACGGUGUUUCCAUUCCCGAGCUAAGGGAGGCAUGUGACUACCUCUGUAUCUCCUUCAACUACAGCACCAUCAAGUGCAGAGACCUCAGUGCCCUGAUGCACGAGUUGUCCAACGACGGAGCCCGGCGUCAGUUUGAGUGUUACCUGGAGGAGAUGGUGCUGCCGCUGAUGGUGGCCAGCGCGCAGAGCGGCGAGAGGGAGUGUCACGUGGUGGUGCUGACGGACGACGACGUGGUGGACUGGGACGAGGAGUACCCGCCCCAGAUGGGAGAGGAGUACUCGCAGAUCAUUUACAGCACCAAACUCUACCGCUUCUUCAAGUACAUAGAGAACAGAGACGUGGCCAAGUCGGUGCUGAAGGACCGAGGCCUGAAGAAGAUCCGGCUGGGAAUAGAAGGAUACCCAACCUACAAGGAGAAGGUGAAGCGCCGCCCCGGGGGCCGCCCCGAGGUCAUCUACAAUUACGUGCAGCGUCCGUUCAUCCGCAUGUCCUGGGAGAAGGAGGAGGGGAAGAGUCGCCACGUCGACUUCCAGUGCGUCAAAUCCAAGUCCACCACCAACCUGGCGGCGGCGGCGGCGGACAUUCCCCAGGACCAGCUGGUGGUGCUGCACCCGCAGGGGCAGGUGGACGAGCUGGACACGCUGCCCCCGCCCCCCGGCUCAGGCGACCCCCACCUCCCCGGGACCAGGCCGGGCCCGGACAGCAGCCCGCAGGCCUGCGACGGUCCCAGCCCCCAGGCCCCGGAGCUCCCGGGCCCGCCUGCACCCAGCAGCACCCACACUCAGGCCACCUACCGCUACGAGCCCGACCCCGACUCCCCCUCCGCCUGACCCGGCCGGCCCGCACCUCCGCCCCCCUCCCUCCCCGUGUUCACAGCACCAGCAACCAGUGCUUUCAUUACACAGAGACACGGUCAACGCUACGAAACAGCAAACAAGCUCAGAAAUUCUCCAAGCAUCAACUGUGGGUGUCGUUCUCACAAACCAAGCACCUGAUUGGCCCGUUACAGCCAAUAAGCACACAUGAUCUGGCAUCUUAAAAUGAAAGCACUUCUGGCCAGCCGUUGCUUUCUUGCGAGCACAGAUUUGUUUUCCUCCCUCAAACUCUGACCCCGCAGACUUUUAGAAGUCCUUACUCUUUCCUCCUCUUCCUCCCGGGUGGCAAAACACCACUUUGCCUUCUGUUGCACGUCUGCUGCAGCCUCUUGGUCCACACAGCAUCCGAGUGCACAAGAACGUAGUCGGCAGGAGUCCUCACUCAGCUCUGUUCGCUCAGGCUACGUCCACAUUAAUACCAUUUCCGUCCAUAACCCUUUUAAAGUCGUGCCAGUUAUGCAUCCGCUCCAUUCAGAUAGAAAUCAACCAUUUAUUUAUUUCCCCUCCUUUCGGUUUUUAAAUGCAGGUGUUGGAGUCUGAGGACAGUGGACAGAACUGUAAACAUUUAGAAACGGAGAAAUAGAUGUCCCACUUGGUCUCCUGGGUUUCUGUGUCCUGUAUCCUGUGAUCAUCACCAGAAGACGACACAGGUGUCGUCCUUGGUGUCAGCCGUCAUACAGCCAAAGUCUGUAUUUAGCAACAAUAACACUGCAACUGCCUGUAUGCGAGGAACAAUCUACAGCAAAAUAACCUCCAUCAGUCUGUAAGCGCACAUGCAGGGCGAGCAGGUGACCAUGUGAUGCACGUCCAGAGACGGAGAUCCCAGACGGACUAUUGUGGACGUAGCCUCAGUCUGUUCUUUUAUCUGACCAAAGGAGUUCUGUUACGUUCUGUACGUGUGAAGACUUGAGUACUGUUUUACAUUAUAAUGAAGUGCGUGAGAGUGUGUUUGUGUUUUUUUUUUUAAUGGAAUGUCGUACCUCCCGGGGAAAGUGCAUUUCAGUGUCUCUUAGGGGCCACUAUUCACAUUACUUUUUCCAGUGGAGGUCAUAUUGAGUUUAAAAUAUUUAAGAGAUGCUUAUUGAAGACUUUUCUUGUUUUUUUUAAAGAUGUAUUCCUGUUUAUUUGAUUCCUUAAGGAGUUUUUACAGUUUCAGUUUCGACUGCGCUGCUCUGAAAAUCUGCACAGAUUCAUUGUCACUGCUGUGAACAUACAGGAUGUCAGAACACUUUUCUAAUAAAAGCUAUUCACAAAAACUU